UUCUGCAUUGCUCUUUGGUUGGCCGUGUAGAGAACAUACGACAUAAUGAACGAAUCGAUGGAAUCGUUGCAAUGCCCUCUGUCUCCUAACAAGUCACCUACAUGCUCUGCUGGUGGACAAGUCAUCCUCAUACGCUUCUCACGCGCAAGAAUUCAGAUUGAGAAUUAAGCCUGGAGGCCAAAGAUCGAUAUCCCAUGGCAGCUAGUGCGCACCAAGAUGCCAUGUUUGUCUCUCCAGACAAUCUCGUGAUUGAUCACCAGCUUGACCACGGUUAUGGCCAGCAUGAACAGAAUCCCCUUUCUGACACCAGCCCCCAGCAUGACCAGCAGAAUCGCUCUCUUCCAACGGCACUGAAUGGAAGUCGUCCAAGUCUGAGCUUGCCCAAUUUCCCAGAAUGGAACUUCGCAUCGCAGCAGAACCUCCGACUCAGCCUUCCACCCACACCGAACUCGCCCUUCCGGCCACUGCGACCACUGACCGAAGAGGAUAAACUUGCAUUUCCAUGUCCAGGAGGACCGCAAGAAUGUUGGAACCUCCAGCUAUGUCCGAAGCACCGCCAAUAUCCUCAUACACCACCUGAACCGAGCAACAGCGGACAGCAUACCAAUGCAUCCGCUACGCGCACAGACAGCCACUCUUCCACGCCUCCAGAGCAGCCGAGUGAUCCGGAAUCACGCAACAAGAUGAAGCGUCCUGCCAUCGACCCCGACGAUACCAUCCCAGACAACACAAACACACGACCAUCCGCCUACAGAACCAUCAGCCGCGACUCCCGAGCAUCUCUAUCCCGCGGCCGCGUACCCCACAACCUCGUCGAAAGACGAUAUAGAGACAACCUGAACAACCAAAUCGAGUCCCUCCGACUGACUCUCCCUUCUCUCCGCGACGCCCAGCCUUGCACAGGCGACUACGAAGAUGUCUCUUCUCCACGCAUGCCUUCCAAAGCCGUCAUCAUCCAAACAGCCGCCAAUUACAUCCAGGAUCUACAAGGCGAGCGAAGUCGCCUUCUGGAGGCCAAUAAAGCGUUACAAGAACAAGUUAGCAGUUUGCAAAAGCUCGUGCGGUGCGAUGAGUCGAAUGUGCUGCAGUAUAUCAACGCGAUGAGGUUGACUGCGGGACAGCUACCGACGCCCCUGUGAUAUUUUCCAGGAAGGAAGAAUCUGAGAGAUCGCAGGACUCAUAGCUUUCGCAGUGUGCAAGAACUCUGAGUUCGCUAAUCACAGCCUGUGGACAGUUGUUCUGCUGGACACCAUGCAAACGCGAGAUUUACAGUCGUAGGCUGUAUAUGCUGCUCUGUCCACAAUGGCCGCCUCUUGAUUGAUGAUCACAAGCAAUACGUACAAGUUUCGCACCA